AUGGAGACGCAGCAACUGGUUGGGCCCUUCGAUUUGUCCACGCACCAUGCGUGUCGAUUGAAGAUGUACCACGAAGGCGGACGUGAGGUCACAGAUGACCUUGUGGAUCAGAUCGCCUUCGGCGAUGGCGGUUUCCACAGUGCGUGUUGCGGCGGACGGCUCUACGAAGUUAUGGUCAUGUGGCUCGGCCUGGAUGCCGAGGAAUCGUCGUGGGAGCCGGCCGCCAACUUGCUUGAAGACAUCCCGGUCGUGCUGCGCAAGUGGCGCGCCACCCACAAGGACGAUGGCCAUGUCGCGGACAUGAUGGCCAACCUUAGGAGAGGGAAGUGUUCUGCGGUGCAGGGCAGUCGGGUUCGCCCGAUUGUUUGA